AUGAGUCCUGUCGAACCUUCACGCCUUCCUCUAUUCUCGGACCUUCCUCUACAUGAGUCUCACCCGCCACAUUCCGCUUGGGGCGUCUGGGACCAUGAUGAUCAGCUUGGAUGUCUGAAUCAUUUGACCCCUAAUGUCGUACUAGACGCCGCUCGCGAGAUUCGGGCAGGGGAAACCGUGGGCCUUAGCUGGGAACUGAACCAGAUGCGGAUACCGCCUUGGUACAGGAUCAAACUAGAGCACAAGAUGAUCAGUCUCGCGGAUUGCAUCAAUGAUGAUGAGUUGAGGUUCAACACACAAACCGGAUCUCAAUGGGACGGCUUUCGACAUUGGUGUUUUCCUGAUGGCAGAUUUUACAAUGGUGUUACACAAACGGAAGUCAGAUCAGGAAAAUCUACACGUUUAGGGAUACAUGGCAAAAUAUAUCCAAAUUCAUGUGGGAUAGUCGGCAGAGGGGUCCUGAUCGACUAUUACUCGUUUGCGCAGGCACGAGGAAUCGAUUAUGAUCCCUUGACCUUCCACAAAAUCCCACUUUCAACGAUCAUAGAUAUCGCUAAGGAGACAAAUGUCGAGUUCCGGCGUGGAGAUAUUCUCUUUCUCAGAACAGGCUACAUCAAACGAUAUCUGAAUACAGCAGAUGAAGAACUGGAGGUAGUCAUGAAAAGCCCUGCGACGCGUUAUCCGGGAAUGGAAGGGUCACUGGACGCUCUGGAAUGGCUCUGGGACUCUCGCUUUGCAGCUGUAGCCGGAGACUGUCCAGGUUUUGAGGCUUGGUUUGGCGAAUCUGCUGGGCAAGAAUUUUUCCGCAUGCAUGAGACACUUCUAUCGGGGUUUGGGAUGCCGAUCGGCGAGCUAUUCGAUCUCGAGGAAUUGUCAAAGAAAUGCGCGCAGCAUUCAAGGUGGACAUUCUUUGUCACCAGUCAGCCGUUGAAUGUGGUUGGCGGUGUUGGAAGCCCUCCAAAUGCAAUCGCGAUUUUCUGA